GUCAAUUGUCAUUUACGAGAUGUUUCGAAUUCGAAUUUCUGCAAUAGUGCAAAACUGCAAAUUGUGAGAUGUUGAUUUGAAAUCUGAAAUAUGAGAAAUGUUAUUGAAUUUCUAUUACUUACAAGUCUCGAGGGCUCCUAAUUAGGCAUUGAUUCGUUCACAGUGCAGUAUUCUUUCAGUGUUAUUUUUCUGCGAGUGUUAAACAAGAUACAGUGUUUAGGUUAUAUAAAGCGUGGAAAACAUGACUUUUCCCGAGGAAAAUGCAUUUAUCAAUGGUGAUACUCAACGUGGACGAGGAAAUCCAGAGUACACGGUCUCACAGGCGUAUGCCGAUGGCGGUAUAAAGGCGGGCGCGGCGCGCGCGGCGCGGCUGACGUACGGCGUGCUGUCGCGACGCAAGGCGGCCGAGGAGGGCGUGGCGCGGCUGGCGCGCGUGCUGUCCGCGCUGGACCUCACGGCGCUGGGCGUGGGCAGCACGCUGGGCGUGGGCGUGUACGUGCUGGCGGGCGACGUGGCCAAGAACUACGCCGGGCCCGCCGUCGUGCUGUCGUUCCUGUUGGCCGCCGUCGCUAGUGUGUUCGCUGGGCUGUGCUACGCGGAGUUCGGCGCGCGCGUGCCCAAGGCGGGCUCGGCCUACGUGUACAGCUAUGUGUGCGUGGGGGAGUUCAUCGCCUUCAUCAUCGGCUGGAACCUCAUCCUGGAGUACAUCAUCGGCGCGGCGUCCGUGGUGAAAGCGCUGAGCGAAUACCUGGAUUCUCUGCUGGGCAAGGCGAUAUCGACGACACUGUACGAGUGGAUGCCGAUGGACUCGCCGCACCUCGCCAAGUACCCUGACCUGUUCGCCUUCACCGUCGUUAUGGCGUUCUCUGUGGCGCUAGCGUUUGGUGUGAAGGAGUCCACCAAGUUCAACAACUUCUGUACUGGAGUCAAUCUGUGUGUUGUUUUGUUUGUCAUCAUAUCCGGAUCUUUUAAAGCGGACACGCGGAACUGGCGCAUCCCCGCCUCCGAAGUGCCGCAGGACAAAGGGACAGACUUCGGCAGCGGAGGGUUCGCGCCCUACGGCGUGGCGGGCAUCAUCAAGGGUGCUGCGGUCUGCUUCUACGGCUUCAUUGGUUUCGACUGCGUGGCGACGGCGGGCGAGGAGGCGCGGCGGCCGCAGAAGAGCAUCCCCUUCGCGGUGGUGGCGUCCCUGCUCGUCGUGUUCCUGGCCUACUGCGGGGUGUCGUGCGUGCUCACCCUGAUGCUGCCCUACUACAUGCAGGACGAGAAGGCGCCGUUCCCCUUCGUGUACGACCAGCUGGGCUGGCCGUGGGCCAAGUACGCCGUCAGCGUGGGCGCCAUCUGCGCGCUCUGCUCCAGUUUGUUGGGUGCCGUGUUCCCGCUGCCGCGCAUCAUCUACGCGAUGUCUUCGGACGGGCUGCUGUACCAGUUCAUGGGCCGCGUCAGCGAGAAGUACCACACGCCGCUCGUGGGCACCGUGGUCGCGGGGCUCGUCACAGGCACGCUGGCGAUGAUCUUCGAGCUGAAGCAGCUCAUCCACAUGAUGUCCAUCGGCACGCUGCUCGCCUACUCCAUGGUCGCCUCCUGCGUGCUGCUGCUUAGAUACGAGCGCUCGCAGUCUGCGCACCGCGCGCCGGAGCCGCUGAACCUGACGCUGCGGAGCGUCGCGCGGCAACUGUUUAACUCUGAGGGGCUCACAGUGCCCACCAGACUCAGCUCGGGGCUGGUGGGCGUGCUUGUCACUCUGUACGGUGCAUGGUGCAUGCUGAUGAUGAACAGCAUCAACCAGCACGGGGACGCCAUACUGGCGGGCGAGGCAGGCCCAGUGACCGCCCUCGCCGUCGGCACUGUACUCGUGGUCACCACCCUCUACGCCAUAUCCAGACAACCGGUCUCCGAGAAGAAACUCGCCUUCUCCGUGCCGCUGGUGCCGUGGCUGCCGGGGCUCAGCGUCCUCAUCAACGUGUACCUGAUGCUGAACCUCGACUACAUGACGUGGCUGCGCUUCGCCGUCUGGAUCGCUGCUGGUCUCCUGAUCUACAUUACCUACGGCGCGUGGCACAGCGCCGAGCGGCGCCGGACCCUGGACUCGGUUCAGCUGGCUGAGCUCCACAACAACAGCCAGACAGCAUUGCUGCAGCACAACCUGCAGCACACCCUCGGCUGACAGCAGGCCCAGGGGGCGAAGUCCGAUGAUGAGGGGACCCUCGAAGUGGACAGGGAUGUGGUCAGUCCCAGUAGUACUGUCGUGUCUUUUGUGUCCAGUAUUUGAGGAAUUCGUGCCUUGAUGGGAAAUAUAGACCCUUAGUUGAUUUGAUCGAAAGUUAUAAGGUAUUCUAUUUUUGUCACUCUCAUGCACGAAUACUUACUGCUAUAAAAUUUACUAGUAAAUAUGAUGAUGAUAAAAUGGGCUCGUUACAAAAUCAUACUCAUAUAAAUAUAAUGAGAAUUUUUAUUUAUGUAUAUAUUAAAAUUCUAAAUUUUAAAUAUCAGGAGGCUAUCAGAAAAGGACGCAUUGUUUUUUAAAUGCGUCGCCAUUCUGAAAACGUUUCGUUCAUUUACGUAACGUAAGAGUUUCAUAUCUCCAACAUAGUAAAAUCCAGCUUUUUCUAAUAACUAUUUUGGUCUGGCGUGAUUUUUCUAAUAAACAGGAUAAUAAUAAACAGGAAUCUUGAUAAUAAGACAAAUGUGUGUAAACAAGUUACUAAUAAUUUAUUUAUUUUCAGGGAAAAGUUUCCUAUUACUAUUAAUUUAUAUAACUAUAAUAUAAAAUCGAAUACAGAUCAUUUUAAACAGUUCAUCAUAAUUUAACAUAGAAUCUCCGUUCGUUCCUAAUUGUAUUGUCAAAGUAUUAAUAAGAACCAACCAGCAUCAAGAGUUGACUAGUAUGGAAUAUGUGAGUAUUUCUUGUUGUUAUUGUCGCGUUUCCCAAGGACAUUACCUUAUUAUAGUGAAAUUAAUGAUUAAAAUAAAUAAUCGUUAUGCAAAUACGCAAUUUUAAAUUAUUCAACGGUAACAGAAUUGAAAGUUUUAACUGUUCAUGCUAGUUGGGAGUCGAUAAUGAAACCAAAGUAUUUUGAGUAGAUUUAUUAUUGUGUGUAAGUAGAUAAUUUUUGUGAUUUAAGGAUUUUAUAAUCUAUUGUGUAAGUUCCAUAACUACAUUGAUUUUGAUCACCUUGACAUAAAGACAUAAUUUUUUACGUUUAUUGUUACAAACUUUUAACCAAAACUGAUUGACAGAAUGUGAAGCUACGGGCUAAAAUAUGAUUACUAUAAAUAUUAAACCUAUUUAUGUGUACAUAAAUAAUUAUACAUAAAUAAUUAUAAUUAUACCUUUGUAUGAUAAUUAUGUCGGAAGACAAGCUGAACUAGAAUAACGACCGUUUGCCGAUAAUUAUAUAUUGUGUAGGCUGUGACAUAUUUUGUAUGCUAUUUAUAUUUAUGUUUGAAAGUUUUAUUUUAUAGUCAGAUGCAAACUUUAUGACAUCUUGGAAAUAAGCUGCGGUUAUCGCUACACGCAUGUCCUACAUAAAGUUCUCUAAAAUCUAGACGCGUGAGGCGACUGUGGGAGGGUGGGGUUCGAGCGAGGGGUGGUGCACCGUCGCGCCCCUGCGUUACCUCUGAUGCCUAAAAAUCUUGUAUUGCGACUUCGCGCACGAUGUCCCGAAACGUCAUAAAGUUUGCAUCGUACCGUACUUGAGUGUAACAGUUCUGUAUAACAGAGCUCGUUCUGGGAAGUUAUACUAUAAAGUCAAAGUCAAAAUUCAUUUAUUUCAAAUAGGCUUAGUUUACAAGCUCUUUCGAAACGUCAGGUAAUAAUAUUAAACUUAAGAUAAUGGUGAUAAUAAUUAUUCGAAAACUUAAAAUUAAACUUACGACGGUUCCAAACGCGCCUUGGUCCGAGAAGUGCCCACAACAAACUCAGUCAAGUUUAUCCUUUAUAAUAUAUUAACUACUGCCAAUUUGUAUUUCGCAUUUGCGGGCAUCAGAAGUGUACACCUUUGCCUAGUCUAGGCUUUUGAUAAUAAUAAAUUAUCAUCAUCAUCCAUCAUCGUCAUAUUAGCCGAUAUAGCCGACUUCCAAACAUCACGAUCCUGAGCCACCUGCAUCCAGCGAAUCCCUGCGAUUCGCUUGAUGUCGUCAGUCCACCUGGUGGGGGGUCGACCAACACUGCGCUUUCUAGUGCGGGGUCGCCAUUCCAGCACUUUGUGAACCCAACCCCAACGCCCAUCGGCUCUUCGAACUAUGUGCCCCGCCCAUUGCCACUUCAGCUUCGCAACUCGUUGAGCUAUGUCGGUGACUUUGGUUCUUCUGCGGAUCUCCUCAUUUCUGAUUCGAUCACGCAGAGAUAUUCCGAGCAUAGCUCGUUCCAUCGCCCGCUGUGUGACUCUUGAGCUUCCUUAGUUAGUGACAAAGUCUCGCUAACUAAAAAUAUACACAGCUUUGAAAUAGCUUUUAAUCAUGUGACAAACGACCAAUGAAGUGGAAACGUAGUCAAGUACUUAAAUUGAAAAGUAAUCUUAAAAACAUAUACUUUAAAAAAAGUAAUGUCUGCUGUAGUAUGAUAGUCCAUGGUAGGGUUGCCAGGUUGAUUAAUUUAUAGUACCAAACUAUAUUUUACAAAUUCGAAUGGCAAUCUGUCCAAGGUCAAAUUUUUUAUAGUUUUAUAUGUAAAAUGUACUUAUUUCUAUUGCAUUAUUUGUAUUUUAAAUAUACAUUAUAAUUUUAGCUUUUGGAUAUUAUUUAAAUCUAAAAUUGACUAUUAUUGUUCGAAAUUGUGUAUUAUAUUUAGGGUAAAUAAUAUAUUUUGUGCUUCAAAAA